AUGCCUCCCAGCCGUGCCCUAUGUCAUUUGUCGCCCACUUUCCACUUCAGAGCUCCCAGAGGCUGGCUUAAUGAUCCUUGUGCGCCAGGUCAUGACGUGUCAACUGGCACUUACCAUCUAUUCUAUCAAUGGAACCCAAAGUCAUGCGACUGGGGUGAUAUCACUUGGGGUCGCCUGAUCAGCUCAGAUGGACUUCGUUGGAAACAGCCUGACCCGGAACCUGUAUUCAAACCAGACCAGCCUUAUGACAAGGAAGGUAUCUUCACAGGUUGCCUCUAUCCCACUGGAUCGAACGGCGAGCCAGGAAAGCUGACAGUGUUCUACACUUCUGCCUGCUAUCUCCCAAUAAACUGGACUCUGAACUAUCACCGGAAUAGCGCUGGACUAGGAUAUGCGUCCUCGCGAGACGGUGGCCAAACCUGGAAAAAGGGCAAGAACAAUCCCAUCUUGCUUGGCGAACCGGAGGGCGUCGUGGUCACAGGUUUUCGAGACCCUUAUCUGGCACCUUGGUCGAAUGUUGACAAACUUCAGAAAAGUGAAAGUCUGUAUGGUGUCAUCUCGGGCGGUAUAAGAAACCAAGGAGGAGCUGUAUUUUUGUACGAAGUUAGUCCGACCAACAUCCUCGAAUGGAAAUACCUAGGACCCAUCUUACAGCUUCCCGAGCGACUUUCUCCUUCAACUCAGUGGGACUUUGGUAUCAAUUGGGAGUGUGCAGCGUUCAUGACACUUUCGAACAAAUCAAUGGAGCGCGACUUCUUCAUACUCGGUUGCGAAGGUGCGAAGCCUGCUCCUCUUUCGGAGAAUGAUGACUCUUUCGUGGGCUAUUGUCUUUGGAUGUCUGGUACCCUUGGGAAGUCCGACGGGCUAAAUAUGAGCUACGAUUUCGGAGGUCUGUUGGACCACGGUUGCUUUUACGCACCAAGCCACUAUCAACAUCCAGUCACGGGUGUUCGCAUCCUCUGGGGAUGGAUCAAGGAAGAAGACGUGACUCUUGCACAUUGCGAGGAGAAGGGCUGGAGGGGCAUGCUCUCUCUACCGCGCGAAAUCUUUCUGCUGUCCAUUUCAGAUGUCGUCAGUACACUGGCCACGCCACUCGAGACGAUUGAAGCUUUUCAUCUUACUGCGAGCGACCGCGACAAGGACACCAGUACGGUCCAUACGCUGGGUAUCCGUCCCUGGCGCGAUUUUCAUCAGCUUCGCCUCGAAGGUAGUCAACGCUGGUCGUCCGUGAGAUGUGGAUUCGAGCCGCACGUUUUGUUCCAGGGCAUGCACUGGGAGCUGUGGUGUGGGAUCACACUGUCAGCGUCCCGGAGCACCAAGGUCGGAUUCCAGAUUCAGCAUAACGCUUCUCGUUCGCAGCACACAAGUAUAUACUUUGACAUGGCGAGCGAAGAGAUCGUGGUCGAUCGCUCGACCAGCAACAGCGAUCCUGAAGUGGGGAAGGAAAUCUUGAAAGGUCAUCUCCCUCUGCUCAACAUCCGCAGUGAUGGCAGAGAUGAGCUUGAGAAACUGUCGAUGAGGAUCUUCUGCGAUGGAAACGUUGUGGAGGUCUUCGCGAAUGAAAGGUUUGCAAUGAGUUUCAUGGUCUACUCGGAUGAUCCAAGCUGCACAGGCGUGAGCUGUUUCCAAAUCGGUGACGUUCUACCUGCGUCUGUCUUCGAUAGCAUCGAGAUGUGGCAAUUGUCCAACAUUCUGAUAGAGUAA